AUGGACAGUGUGAGAAUUGAAAAUAGGUGGAAGUCAGUAGCACAGCCUUUUAAAGGCCGCCUGCAAUGUCAUAAUAUCGGGGGAAAGCCCUUUGUCACAAAACUCAGGAGCAGAGCAAGCAUUUUAGACCCUAACAAAAUGCGUAACCGUCGGGACAUCCUGGGGACUGCUUAUGAAGAACAGUUCGGGGCUGUGUGCCUUUUCCCUAACGUUGGACAGAGCCAAGUAGUGCAUGUGCCUACAAAUCGGAGAUUACGUUUCUGCUAGCCACGGGUAAAAGCAUGUGAUUUGAAUCGGUCAAUAAUAAAUACUCUUAAAGCUCAAGCUUAUGGAUUUCACAGUAUUACAUCUCUGAGGAAGAAAUGGCUCAGUUGAUGAGGUCAGACGCGACUAAAGUCUGUGCAAAACGUUACCGUGGAACCAACUUUAGUGCUGCGUUUCUUUUAGCCUUGUAACUGCACCUGCCCUUUCAUCCAGGGUGCAGGGCUGAAUUUCACGCGUGUUUUAAAAACCUGGUACAAAGGGCCCUGUUGCUAUGUCCCAGAGGGUUGUUCUAUACCUAGGAUCUGAAGGGUAGUGUGGCUGGCACUUUGGAUCAUUUCUGUUGCUGUUUUGCUGGAGUGGCAUCUUUGCAUAAUGAAGAUGCACUUCAGAAUUUGCCAGCCCUUUCCUUGUCUGAUUUUGAAAAGCCUGCACAACUUACACAACCGCUCUGCAAGUUUCAGCAGCACAGGGUUCACGCAGCUGCUUACAGCUCCGGCAGCGACCUGCCUUGGGUCCCGGCCUGGGUGGAGAAUGUCAGCUCGGAUGAAGAAACUUACGAGGAUGUCUUCUGCAAGAUAGAUAAAGUUCUCCUGGCUUGAGGGAAAGCCUGAAGAAAGAGUUCAGGCUUCAUUCUCUCAAUGGCCUUAUGUUAAGCUACCAGCUAGCUUUUAUGACCGUUUUAAAUUUCUCAUCUUGUUUUCCUGUAGAUGGGAGCUUCACAGUGGGACGUGGGAUCCUGUUGUGUUUACGUGUUCACGCCUCAGUUUUUGUGUGGCCUCAUUUUACUUUUUCUUGUAGAUUGCACAUAGUAACCUGGAAUGUUGGCACAGCUUCCCCCCCUCCAGAUGUCACUGACUUACUUCAGCUCAGUUCGCAGGGCCUGCACAUGGAUAUGUAUGUUAUUGGUUUACAGGAGGUGAACUCGAAGAUUGUGAAUUUCCUUUCUGAUUUGGCAUUUGAUGAUCCAUGGAGCACUUUCUUCAUGGAUGUUCUUUCUCCUUUGGGUUAUAUCAAGCUCUCCUCCAUUCGCAUGCAGGGAUUACUACUUCUGGUCUUUGUGAAGCAUGCUCAUGUCCCCUUUAUACGGGACAUUCACACUCAUUAUACUCGCACGGGCCUCUAUGGAUAUUGGGGGAACAAAGGAGGAGUCACAAUUCGCCUUUCUCUUUAUGGCCAUAUGAUCUGCUUCAUAAACUGCCAUUUGCCAGCUCACAUAGAGAAUACAGAUCAGCGACUGGAUAACUGUGAGAAAAUUCUGGAAAUGCAGCAGUUUGAAGGAGAGACUGUACCAGGUGUCUUAGAUCAUGACCUUCUCUUCUGGUUUGGAGAUCUUAACUUCCGAAUAGCAGAUCAUGGAAUGCAUUUUGUCCGAGAGUCGAUAAAUAAGUGCCGAUACAACUUGCUAUGGGAAAAGGAUCAAUUAAAUAUGGCGAAGAAGAAGGAAUCCUUUCUCAAAGAAUUCAUGGAGGGUCCUCUGCAGUUUAAACCCACCUACAAGUUUGAUCUUUACACAGAUGUGUAUGACACCAGGGAGCAGAAGACGCUCUUUUGGUUUAAUGGGAAGAAACGAAAACCAGCGUGGACUGAUCGGAUUCUUUGGAGAGUAAAGAAUCUCUGUUCAUCCGUGUUGAAGGAAGGAGAAUUGCCCCAAAAGGAGCAGGCAGUCUCUGUGACUUUGAAGAACUAUAUCAGUCACAUGAGCUAUGGCAUCAGUGAUCACAAACCUGUUACAGGGACCUUUGGGCUUGAGAUGAAGCCUUUUGUGUCUGUUCCAUUGGUCACUGUGAAUCCUGAGGGUGAGUGGAAUGCUGAGCGAGACGUUCUAAUCAGCUAUUCCACAGUCCCCAAAUUUCCCAGCAGUACCUGGGACUGGAUUGGGCUCUACAAGGUGACCUUUAAGCAUGUGAAUGACUAUGUGACUUACGCCUGGGUGAAAGAUGAUGAAAUUUCCUUCACUGAAGAUACUAAUCUAGUUUACCUGAGUGCCGAUGAAAUCCCCCACGCAGGAGGAGAGUUUCUGCUUUGUUUUUAUAGCCACACUUUUCAAUCAGUAGUUGGCAUUAGCCAGCCUUUCCAGAUUCAAGCAACCAAGAUAUCAACAGAGAAGGAUCUAGCACAGGAAGAUAUCUGUGGAAUGGAGAGGCCUUAUAACCCUGAGUCACACAUUGAAUUCUGAAGUCUGAAGAGGCAUUUAGUGCUAUUGAUUCAGGAGUCAGAGAUGCUUACCUCCCUUGUUUCUUAGUGAAUAUAGAAUUUUCUUCUGUAGAAGAUGGAGUCAGGCAGUGCAGAGGGUCCCUCAGGUAGGGCUUUCCAGUUUGUAGACUUUGAAAGGCUCAGUAGAAAAUAAUUGUUAUGAAAACAAAUAUUUAUGUGUCACCAUGAGAGGUAACUCUGGUAGCCCUGCACUGGACCAGAACUGUAAUAAUAGCUUCUGACGAGUGCUGGCCACUAUAAAA